AGGACCACGCGUGCGUGGGAUAUGUCGCGGUUCAAACGAUCAUCUUUUCAAUACUAUUAUCCGUUUACCAAUUAACUUUCUCUUUAUCUCGUCAAUUCUUCAAUGAGUUUUCAUUAAUCAAUCGUCCGACGUGUUACUGAUCCUAUUCGACAGUUGAAGUUCUGCCGUUUAGGCCAGUGAAAUAUCGCGACAAUAGCGUGACACGUGGUUAGCAAGAGAGAUGCUGCGAUGUCGAUGACACGUGGAAAAAUUGAGAGAAUGAGAUCUUAGAGCAUUGUUUAGUCUCAAAUAGUGCUUGCAAGCAGUACAGAUAAAAUAAAUAACAAUAAAUCUGUUUCAAGCAGAAUUUGGUGGCUUCGUUGGAUGAAACUGCAGAGGCGACACGCUAUACCCAAUCUCACCCUUUUCAUGACGUUUAAACAGCGUGAAGUACAGCGUGACUGAGUGCUCAGGCAGAGAGAGGGAGAGAGAGAUAGAGAGAGAGACGUCAGUGGAUGCACACCAGUCUGAUAUGAAUCUGCCCAUUGAAACGUUUAGAGUAGACCAAGUGUUGUAGUGCAGCGAAAUAGAGUGAAAGAGAGAGAGAGAGAGAGAGAGAGAGAGAGAGAGAGAGAGAGAGAGAGAGAGCGUUAAACAUCAAGGGGACAGCGACUACCUGCUGUUUCUCGCAUGGUGCCGUACCGUGGAUAUGGUUGCUCGUGUUACUCGUUGAUCAUGAUCGUGGAGUUGACGAGUAGCUGUGUGGUGUCGCGUGGUUAAUCAAUCGGAACAAAUGACUAAAAUGUGGUGUCUAGUGCUGACGUUGUCGUCGAUGUUACUAGUGGGACUAGUGGAUGCCGCUCGCAAUUCACAAUCUGCAAGCGGCGCUGAUUCAUCAGUACCCCUAGUUAACAUCAGUGUGGUCGAAGGCAGACCUGUCGAGCUACCUUGCAAUAUUACGGCGCCUGUACACGACACUCUCGAUAUGGUCUUCUGGUUCAAAGAUGGCUCAGCACGUCCUCUUUAUUCAAUUGAUGUCCGAGGAAAGCCUCUCACGGAAGCGAAGCACUCGUCGUCUCUAUUCGGACAAAGGGCGUACUUUCGUACGUCCAUUCAAGAACCAGCGGUACUAGUAUUAGACGAUAUCAAAAGGCACGACGCCGCAAUUUAUAGGUGUAGAGUGGAUUUCCAUCGGGGACAAUCCAGAAGUGUUCGAUAUAAUCUUACCGUUAUAGUUCCGCCAGAGCAAUUGACAAUUUUGGACAUGUGGGGACGGAUACAAAAUGGAACAGCAGGUCCUUACCUGGAAGGCGACAAUCUCGCGCUAACUUGUCGUGUUACUGGUGGGAAGCCUGAACCUACGGUCAGAUGGUAUGUCAAUGGCAGACUUAAAAACGAUGACUCUUAUGAGAGCACUGCUGGUGACGUCAUUGAGAAAAAAUUAACUGUAAACUCGCUGAAUAGGUCCCAUCUGUUUUCUAACUUUACAUGUCAAGCCCAUAACACGGAACUAGUUGAGCCAAAACAAGUGUCUUUGAUUCUCGAUUUAAAUCUGAAACCUUUAACGGUGACGAUACGAAAGACUAAUGGCCUCGACACAGGAAGUGAGUCCUUAAAAGCUGGAGAGCGCUAUGAGGUAGAAUGCGAAACGACGGGUUCGAGGCCGCCCGCUGUAAUUACGUGGUACAAAGGCAAGAGAAAUCUGAAACACGUCAAGGAGGAGAAGGCUACGCUCAACACGGAGAAUCGCACGAUCAGUAGGGUAGAGUUCGUGCCGGGCACAGACGACGACGGAAAAUCGGUGACUUGUAGGGCGGAAAAUCCAAACGUGACCGGACUCUUUCUGGAGACCUCCUGGCGGAUCGACGUAGUGUAUGCCCCCAUUGUGUCAUUGCGCCUUGGAUCGACGUUAAAUGCUGGAGACAUCAAGGAAGGGGAUGACGUCUACUUUGAAUGUCAGAUAAAGUCAAAUCCACCGUGGUCGAAGCUCACUUGGAUCCACAAUGGAGUAGUUCUGACACAUAACACGUCCGCCAGGAUCAUUUGGUCAAAUCAAAGUCUCGUACUUCAAAGCAUCACGAGGAGCAGUGCAGGCUCGUACGUCUGUGCAGCGACCAAUAGCAUCAAUGAAACUCGUAGCGAGUCACUCGACUUCCGUGUAAAAUAUGCGCCGGUCUGUAAGGAGGACAGGAUCGUGAUAGUUGGUGCAUCACGAGGCGAAUCCCUGGAGAUCGCAUGCCGAGUUGAAGCUGACCCGCCGGCACAUAGUUUCCGCUGGAAAUUCAACAACAGCGGCGAAACCUUGGAGGUACCAGCCAAGCGUUACAGUGUUGAGCCUGCUGACGGUCAGAGUAUACUCACCUACAUGCCCAGUGCUGAACUCGACUACGGCACCCUUUCUUGCUGGGCUGAAAAUUCUGUUGGUACGCAGGCUAGGCCGUGCCUUUUUCAACUCGUCGCUGCCG